AUGUCAAUCAACGAAACUACUGUGUACCCAAUUCCUGACUUCAAAAAGUAUUCCGUCGAAAUUGUGGAUAUUAUUUUUGCCGUGCUUUAUGGUUUCGUCAUGUUUAUUGGACUCAUUGGAAAUUGUUUAGUUAUGGCUGUGGUGUACCGGACCAGAUCCAUGCAUACAACCACAAAUUUUCUCCUCGUAAAUAUGGCUGUUAGCGAUGUCAUCACUCUGUUGUGGUGUCCCAGGACUUAUAGCUUCGCCUUUUACCCGAUUCAUCCCGCAGGGAUCCUUGGUGACUACAUCUGCAAGAUUUUCACAGGCAACGCAAUUAUAAGUGUCGCGAUCGCCAGUUCAGUUCUUACGCUUACGAUUCUUGCUACGGAAAGAUACCAUGCGCUAAUGAAACCAAUGCAGUCAGAAUUACGCCUGACCAGGGAACGUGUUAAAUACGUUCUCACUUUUGUUUGGGUCGCAGCGAUCUUAACAAGCCUUCCAGACUUUUCUCAGAACAAGUACAGUGAGAGAUAUGGACGGUGUGUUUGCCCUUUCAGCUUGCAGAUCGCCUACUCGCUGAGGGUUCAUGUGGUUUGCACUGUUAUAUUCUUGGGAUGUGUACCCUUUCUUAUUCUUGCGUACUGUUAUUUUCAAAUAAUUCGCGGACUGUUUUUCAAGAACACCAUUUGUUCGAGCGCGCCUUCUGGAAGCAGUGAUCACCAGACGAAGAAAAGACUGGCUAAAUUACUAAUUGGCGUCACGGCAGCCUUCUAUAUCUGUUAUUUGCCUUAUGGUGUUUUCAUCAUGUACAUCGCUUUACAAGAUCGAGAAAAACUAGUUGCCAAUGAAGAAACCCUUGCUAUGUUAUUGCGAGUGUUCGAAUUCCUCAUCACUUCUAGUUCAUGUCUAAACCCAGUACUCUACGCCUUUCGUAGUUCAAACUACUGGGAGGGUUUUAAGAAGAUUUUUACAAAGCGCAAUGCAAUUCAGGCAAAGAGAAUAUUGUCCACCGUAUAUAAGCAAACUCCGGAGCCUGUUUUGUCCGCAGUGCUAUAG